AUGGCAGCUUCUCAGGGACUGUUGACAUUCCAGGAUGUAGUCAUAGAAUUUUCUCAGGAUGAGUGGGAAUUUCUGGACAGCACUCAAUGGGAAUUGUACAGGGAUGUGAUGUUAGAGAACUAUAAAAACCUGGUCUCCUUGGGUCUUGUCUCUAAGCCAGACCUGGUCACUUUUAUGGAGCAAAAGAAGGGUCCCUGGGAUGUGAAGGGAAUGGAGACAAUAGCCAUACACCCAGAAACUGGGGCCCCCCACCCAGGUGGAGGAUGGUGA